UUCCCCUCCGCGCCGCCCCGCCCCGCUGCGAACCCAAACACUGCGCCGCGCUGCGCGAGCCGCGCGUGACGCUCCGCCGCCGCAGAGCCCAGCGCGCCUGAGCCUGCGCGGCCCCCGCCGCCGCAGCCGAGCGAUGCUGCUGCUGGCCGCCGCCUUCCUCGUGGCCUUCGUGCUGCUGCUCUACAUGGUGUCUCCGCUCAUCAGCCCCAAGCCCCUCGCCCUGCCUGGGGCGCAUGUGGUGGUUACAGGAGGUUCCAGUGGCAUUGGGAAGUGCAUUGCUAUCGAGUGCUAUAAACAAGGAGCAUUUAUUACUCUGGUUGCUCGAAAUGAGGACAAGCUGCUGCAGGCAAAGAAGGAAAUUGAAAAGCACUCUAUUAAUGAUAAACAGGUGGUGCUUUGUAUAUCAGUUGAUGUAUGUCAAGACUAUAACCAAGUGGAAAAUGUCAUAAAACAAGCGCAGGAGAAACUGGGUCCAGUGGACAUGCUUGUAAACUGUGCAGGAAUGUCACUGUCAGGAAAAUUUGAAGAUCUUGAAGUUAGUACUUUUGAAAGAUUAAUGAGCAUCAAUUACCUGGGCAGCGUGUACCCCAGCCGAGCAGUGAUCACCACCAUGAAGGAGCGCCGGGUGGGCAGGAUCGUGUUUGUGUCUUCCCAGGCGGGACAGCUGGGACUAUUCGGCUUCACGGCCUACUCUUCAUCCAAAUUUGCCUUACGGGGAUUGGCUGAAGCUUUGCAGAUGGAGGUGAAGCCGUACAAUGUCUACGUCACAGUUGCCUACCCGCCAGACACAGACACCCCUGGGCUAGCUGAAGAAAACAAAACAAAGCCUUUAGAGACUCGACUCAUUUCAGAGACCUCAUCUGUUUGCAAACCAGAACAGGUGGCCAAACAAAUUGUUAAAGAUGCCAUACAAGGAAAUUUUAACAGUUCCAUUGGCUCAGAUGGGUACAUGCUCUCGGCCCUGACCUGUGGGAUGGCUCCAGUAACUUCUAUUACUGAAGGGCUUCAGCAGGUGGUCACCAUGGGCCUUUUCCGCACCAUUGCUUUGUUCUACCUUGGAAGUUUCGAUAGCAUAGUUCGCCGCUGCAUGAUGCAGAGAGAAAAAUCUGAAAUCACAGAUAAAACUGCCUAAUUCCUCCCCCUUGGAAGAAGACUGUUUCCAAAUAAUUUGAACAUCUUGCUGCUAAAUGGGACCCAAUUUUUGGCCUAUAGACACUUAUGUAUUGUUUCUGAUUAUGUGAGAUUGGACCGGUGCUCUUCAGAAAUAUGGCUGCACGCAAGGAGAUAGAAGCUCAACUCCAGACAAUAUCAUUAAUACUAUGCAAAUAUGGAAUAGGAGACCAUUUGAUCUUCUGGGCUUUGAGAUGGAGAGGUGAUGGUAUGAGAACUAGUAGCAUGUGAAUAAGGUAAAGAACAGAAUUCCAGAA